AUGGAUCAAUACACGCAACAACAAGCUAUAUCACAACGCCGUACUACAUUGGCAAAUUCCGAGAACUUAAACUCUAAUAUGGGUCUUGUCUCCGGCUUACGUCAACCAAUGUCUGUGAUGCGUCAACGAUCAUCACGACUUUCUGCAAGAGUUGGCCAGUCAGUUUCUCGACGUUCUUCAAAAGCUAAACCAGAAAACGUUGGUUCUAUGGGAUUUGGACGUCCUGGACGAAUGACAAGUUUAGCAAAUCGACCAAAUUCUAUUAACAUUGUUUCACAAGAAAGAAAUGAUGUUGUUCGGCAAAAAGAUCCCCGUCCUUUACGUGAUAAAACAUAUCAAAGUCAAUCGAUAAAUUUGAUUAUCAAUCAUCUUCGACAAUCAAAUUAUCAGUCUCCAAUAGAACAAAGGAACUUGAUUAAUCCGACGGCAAAAGAUUUUCUUAAUAUUUUCAAAUUUUUAUAUAAGGAUCUGGAACCCAUUAAAGAUAUUGUUAGAUUAGAAGAUAUUGCAGGAGCCUUGAAAACUAUAAGAUAUCCUUUCGUUCAUGAUAUAUCAAAAUCUUCUUUGCAAGCUGUUGGAAAUCAACAAACUUGGCCAUUACUUCUUGAAAUUGAACAGCAUGAGAUGACUUUAGAAAGUGCAUUUUUCAGUUACCUUUCGAGUGCGUAUGAAUUAUUUCUUAAUGGAGUUGAUGAAUUUCCCGAGCAGGAGGAAGAAUUGGCAGUUAAUUUUGAUUAUUUGUGUGAAAAUCUCAUCAAACAUAGUGAAGAGCUUCAAAAAAAUGUAGAUGAGUUAGAAGGUGAAUUAGGUCGAAUGAAUGAAACGAAGGAUCCUUUAAUGGAAGUAAGAAACGAAAAUCAAACAUUGCGAUCAGAUGCGGACAAAUUCAAUAAUUAUACAAAGCAUUUGGAGGAUAAGAUAAAAAAACUAAAUGAUGCGAUUAGAAAAUUGGAAGAACAACAUAAAGACACCGAGAAGCAGCUAACUGAAACCGAAAGUGAAAAGGAAACAAUACAGAUACAAGUUAAUAACCAAUCAAUAUCUCCUGAUGAUGUUGAAAGGAUGCAUAAGGAGAGUGAACAGAUAGCCAAUACUCGUAACUCUAUCGCUGCGAAAAUGAAAGAGAGAAAUAAAUUAAAAUGGGAGAAAGGAUUAGAAUUUGAAAAGGAAGUUGCCGAAGUCGAAAAUUUAAUUCAAUACUAUAACACAAACCUUUAUCGUAUUGCUAAAUACACAAAAGACGAUAAUUAUGAACUAUCGGUUGAUGUCAAUGCAGAAAUUCGACAACAAAUCAUUAACGAACUUUAUAUAACUCAAGAACAAAUAACUCGAGCUACUGAAGAUUUACAAAGUCUUUGUGACGACAUUGGGGAUAAAGAGUCAUACUUGCAUAAUCUGGAGGAAAGUGAAAGUACACUUUCGAAACAAUUCGAAGAAUCGAAGUUAACUGAUCAGAGUGAAACUGAUAAAUUGAUAAAAAGAAUAGCUACUUAUGAUCAAAGGGUAAAACAAUUUAGAACUGAAAGCAAUUCUAAAUAUAUUGAAUGGAAACAUAAACGACAAGAAACGCAGAUUCAAUAUGAUCAUGUUUCUCGAGAACAUAAUAAUGCACGUGAAGCCAUGAUUAAUGAAUUUAAUCAAAUAAAAAAUGAGCAACUUCGAAGGUUAGAAAUUAUUUCAGCAGCCAUUUCAAGUUUACAAAAAACAUCUAGAGAAAACUUGAAUGACUUUUUAAUGAUCAAUGAUAACUAA